AUGGGUCUGCAAUCAUUGACUCUCUUCUUUCCUCAGCACUUACAUAAUUAUGUGGCUAUCAGCCUAGUGGACACGUAUGCAGGACUGUUAAGUAACCAAGCCAUAAUCCUGGCUAUGAACUCAAGCUUUGUGGAUCCCUUUCGGCAAUACGAAUUUCAGCUGACAUUAGUACAAUCAUCCUUUGACAUGCUAGUCAGGAUGCCAAGUCUUGAAAAAGACAACGAAGAAAAGGAUGAGAGUAAUGAGUCAGAGGAGAUGGAGAUUGUACACAAGAAUACUCUAAAUGUAUUUGAAGACACUCUUCUGAUCUUAGUGUCUAAAGAUUUCUAUAAACUACAGAUGUUAAAGGAAAUUACAGUGUGGAUGAGUCAAAAUAAAUCACAUCUACAAGAAAGAAUUCUGGUGAUCAUAAGCAGAGUGCUAAGCUUUGCAGCCCACAGAGUCAAGACAUACACAAGUGUGGACGCCCCAUGUUUGGGAGUCCUGGCUGCAGAGCUGUCUCUUUUAUGCUCUCACCAUGAUCCUGCAAUCACAUUACAAGCAUCUGUGGGAAUGUAUCACCUCCUCUGUAUUGCAAAAUGUCAGACUGACCUGUACGAAAACAAACAAACAAACAAACAAAAAACCCACUACAGAACAUUUCCUUCAUCUGAGCUGGAAUUCCAUCCCCAUGUCUUACAAGACAAAAGUGAACUUGCUCUGUAUGUAGGACAAAACUUAACACCCUCUUUGCUGACGGACUUUGUAUGGAAUCUCCUGAUGAAACUCUCUGAAACAAAAUAUACAACUGUGCAUGAUGCAGCUACUAUCCUGGAUCUGACCCUGGAGCAUCACGCGGAUAAAGUCACCAUGGUGUCAAAGAUUGUGCAUACUAUUUAUCAGAAACUGUGUGGAAAUUGUGCUCACAAUACAAAACAAGCUAUGUUGCGAGUGGUCACCUUGCUGACACGUACUUCGCCAAAGAAAGUUAUCUUUCAGCUGAUGGACUACCCAGUCCCAGCAGACAAGAAUCUGUUACUGAUGUGGUACGCAGCUGGUUCAGAAGCGAGUGUGGCCCCUCAUGUGCUGAAGACACUCUUGCUGAUUCUGAAAGGAAAGCCUGGAGAAAGCUUGGAGAAAGACAAUUUAAGUGAAGGAAGACGUCUUUCUCUGGAUACUGCCAACAUGAUGCCUGUGGCCGCAUCCCAGGCCCUGUGCACAUUGCUGCCUGUUUGUUCUUAUAAGAAAGCAGUAGCCCAGCUCUUCCCUGAGCUCUUGAUGGCCCUCAUGCUUCAAGUCUUCUACAGCUGUGACCUGACUCUCUCCAACAGCAAUCCUUUCUUUGCCAGAGAUGCACUGAGAAUCCUUCUGAAAUGUUCUGGACUUCAAGAGGUCGAAAGUGUUCUUCAGAAAAACAACUGCUGGAGCCAGUUUUCCCAAGCGCUAUUUCACCAUCAUGGAAUCUACCUUAUUGCCAAAGCUCUCAGUAACUGUCGGUUUCCACAGUUUCCAGAAACCUUGCAUUAUCUCUACAAGCUCUCGGUAGAAGAUCCUAGAAGGUCAGAAGACAGUAUCAUCAUAGUGAUAUUCCUCACUGAACUUUUGAAUAACUAUUUCAAGGAUCCAUUUCCGGAAGAAUUUUUGGUCCUCUUCAGAAACUGGGUCAAUGAUGCAAACCCUUCAGUGAGCAAACUGAGCCUGCAGAAAAUUGCCAGUAUGGCACCAGUAGUCAACAAGAUAGAAAAUGUUUGCAGCUUAUUAUUAUCCAUCCUGAAUGCAUUCCAUUCCAAAGACAAGACUGUAGUAACCCGGGCCUUGAUCACCCUCCGAAGACUUUUAGGAAAACUGGAUAAAGUGACCUAUGCAUCUGUGUGUACCAAGAUUGCUUCCAGCUACUGUCCCUUGAUGGAUCAUAGUAAUGCAGGCAUUCGGAGUAUGGCCAUUCGUCACUUUGGUGAAUUAUUCAAGGACAUGAAUCAGUAUACCUGGAUGCUAAAUGAUGUGGUUUUAGAAGGCUUGGUGCCUCUGAUCCUAUUUCUGGAGGAUACAGAGUUAACAGUAGUUCAAGCAUGCAAAUAUACAUUAGAAGUCUGUUCCACACAAUUAAACUGGUCAAUAACACCUUGGCUCAAAGAAACACAAUACAAUUUUGAGGUGGUGGUGCUCAACAUCUGUAAUAAUCUUUACUUUUCUCACUGGCACUGCAUUACAAAUAUGAUAUCUGAUACCUUGGGGUUUCUGAAGAGCUCCCAAAUAUACCUGAGAAGAGGAUCGGUUAUUUUAUUAGGGUACGUGGCAAAACUGUGCGGCCAUUUACUACUCAGAAUUGAAGUUGAAGUUAUGCUUGAUGCCGUUGACAAAAUGCUGAGGGAUGAAGACCCUUUAGUCAGGGAGUUGGCCGCAAAAACCCAGAAUCUUUUUAAGGAGAUAGCCCAUGGAUUGACCUCCUCAAGUAUUAAGCAAGCCUUCCGAAGAUUGUUUAGCUUCCUUUACAUGAAAAAACUGAAGCUGAUUUAUAAUUAUACUGGGACUGACACCUUGAUAGUCAAUAACGAACAACAUAAAUAUAGGAAGCGUUAUGAGGAAAUCCUUCCUGAAGAGAAUUUUGAAGAUUUUCACCAAGAGUGA